UUUUUCUUUCUCUUGCAGCCUCACUCAUCUACAACCACCACCUUACCCAUCCACUGCACUGAUAUUAAUUACUCAAUUUUCCGACCAAUAACUCGGCAACCAAUUUUCCAAGAAAACCAAAAAGAAGGAAAAAAACAGCCCAUUAUCACCAUGGCUGGCGGCAAGGGAAAGUCUUCUGGUGGCAAGAGCUCGGGUGGAAAGACCUCGUCUGGUGAGGGUCCCAAGAAGCAGCAGAGCCACUCUGCCCGCGCUGGUCUUCAGUUUCCUUGCGGCCGUGUCAAGCGUUUCCUCAAGGCCAACACCCAGAACAAGAUGCGCGUUGGCGCUAAGGCGGCUGUCUAUGUCACCGCAGUCCUCGAGUAUCUGACCGCUGAGGUUCUCGAGCUGGCAGGCAACGCUGCCAAGGAUCUCAAGGUCAAGCGCAUCACGCCUCGCCACCUGCAGCUCGCCAUCCGCGGCGACGAGGAACUCGACACCCUCAUCCGUGCCACCAUCGCCUUUGGUGGUGUGCUGCCCCACAUCAACCGCGCCCUGCUGCUCAAGGUCGAACAGAAGAAGAAGGCGAAGGCUCAGGAGGCAUAAUUGCCAUACCUCUUCUAUCGAACCAAAUUAAGCCGGAUAAUCUCGAUACGAAGCGGCGAUUCGCAACGACGCUUUUGAUUCACACAACUUGUUUCAUUUGGGUGCGCACUGGGUAGAUGGUGUCUUGCUUGGGCUCUCUUGGAAGAUGGUCGUCGUCCGGCUGGAGGCCAGCCUUUGAGGCACCGGCGAGCAUUGAAUGAAUGUAUGGGUCGUCCUACUCCUCAAACAAUGCAGGGGCGAAAAGAAAAAGAAGAAACAGAAGACCCAGGCGGUGGUGCCCGUCUUGCGUGAGGCCGCCUUGCCGGUCAAUGCCUUUUUGGGCGCUCACUUGCUGAGGAAGGAUGGUCGGCAGUGUACCAACAGAACCCUUUUUUUCUUCCUUUUCUCUUUUCCUUUCUUUGUUGGUUGCGCGGGUGUGUGUCUGUUGUCGUGCUCUAACACGGGCCAGGAAAACGGUGGUCAGAUGCGAAGAGAAGUUUUUGUUGAUGAGUUUACAAGAGUUAUUCCUCCAGUAAUAAGAGCAAGGCUGAAGAAUGUGUUGAUGAUGGUGCCUGCCGUCAUGCUCCAACACACACAGAAUCCGUACCGUUCAUGAAUCUCUACAUUUCUUCUUUCCCGUCCUCCUG